UCUCACAGGCGCAUGUGCGAACAGUGACUAUAGGAUUUGAUUGGCACAGACAACAAUUGUUCGCAUGUUCCAAUAACGAAGUGUCCUGCCGCGGCCCGUAGUUAUUACCACGCGCAGUGUAUUUCCCACGCACUUCAGCCGCCGAUUUCGCCACCCUGCAGGGAAACGGGGUCGUAUGAUGACCGUCGUCGGUCGAGAAAGAUUCGAUUUCAGAGCUCUUGUUUCUAAUGGUGCGUAUUGUCCUCCAGCCCGGUAUAUAUCUCAUAGAAUGUUGACGGUAAGCCCGCCCACCUCGUCACUGGAUGACGAACCUUUCAUCGUGGCUUCUCCGACGGACGACCACCCCAAGUCCAAAUCAGAAAACCCCCGGACCGAUUCCGAAGGCGAUGAUGACUCUGAAGAUGAUUCCGAAGCAGAGCCCUCAACGAGCGUCAAGCGCCGUUUUGAGAAUAUUCGAGAUAGUUUGCGGGAGAAGACCAUCUCCUUGACCGACCGCGAUCGGUUUCAUCGCUUCUUGCGGGAAAAUGAAGAUAUUCUGGAUGAAGUUGUCGAGUACGGAACCUUAUUGCACUACCUCGUGGAAGGCGCUCGAGACAAGCGUUUUAGUCGGUAUGAGCCGUUAGUUGAGCAUCUGGUGCGGCGAUAUCCUGUGCUGCUGGCCAAGAAAGACCACUCUGAACGGACCGUUCUGUCCUGGGCUAUCCAGAAGAAGCGCAUUAGCCUUGUGCGGUGUAUUUGUGCUAAUCAUCCACAAAUCAACCAAGUCAUCGCUGUUCAAGGGUUGCAUGCGCGGAAUUGCCUGCAUGUGGCUAUUCACGAAGAGGCAGCGCCAGCUCUUAUCCUCGAACUCAUCAACAAGGCCAGUUUGGAGGCUUUGUUAGCCUUGGACGACAAAGGCAAUACCGCUCUGCACCUGGCAGUUGCAUACGAACGAUGUACCGACGCAGGGCUGAGCGUUGUUAAAGCAUUGAUUGAUCGCUGUGAUAAGGCACUGGAUGCGCAAACCAGUACCACAAAUCGACUCUCUCCUUAUCGUUAUCAUCUGUAUACCAGGACGGAAGCGGAGGCCAAGAUGUCUCGACGAAAACAUGUGGAGCAGCAACAGCCCCAAGGCAUGAAGGAUGUUGGUCUGCCAGUCAGUAAGGGCAGUGCGGCCAGGGACAAUGUCAUGCUUCCUCCUAGCCUUGCACCGAUGAGCUUGCCUGGCUCAGAUCACAAACCCUCAUCCGAUAACCGACUAGGGGUGCCCCGACGAAGUAAUACCUUGAAUGAGCUUUAUACUUCACCCAAGGCUCAAUCAGGGUCCAUAGGAGACUUGGCAUUUGUAACAGCUUUGGCAGUGCACGACAAACCUCUUACUAUGGACAAAUCUGUCAAGUUUGCGAACAGUACGGCUAAUGAGUCAAGGAAGAAAUCCACAAAGAAAGCAAGUGAGGACAUGGUUGUCACGAAACAGACCGCAGAUGCAAUCCGAGAUCAUCUAAAGGUUCACUAUCUGAGGACGCGGGAUCACGACCAAGCGAUCGAACUGCUAUAUGGACGAGACCGACCCAGAGAUCUAUACUUUGACCUGUACGAAUCUUCAUCACGAUACAUCGACCAGGACUGGAUCAGCCGUGGACUAGAGUACCUAUGCUUUGAAGACACAUUGCAAUAUGUCGCGCUUCCGCAUUUCGAAUUGACGAAAAAGGUGCAAUCAGUCGAUUCGCGAUUCGCCCGGGUGAGGAGCUUGCUGCCAGAUGGUGAGGGCCGGCGCGAUAUGGUAUUUAUGUUCGACUUUUUGCGAAAGAAGGGAGUAUCACGAAUUCUACGAGUUAUUGUGGAUGACACGACCUCUCCCGCGCACAGCGAUGAGGCAAUCGAACAGGCACUGGGAGGCUUUCGGGUCGAGGUGUGGGACUGGCGCAAGAUUGACAUCUCCAUUGACACUAUCAUUAGUGUGGCGCUGGAUGUUCGGGAGGUGUAUUUGUACUGGAGUGGGAACAACGCGGUGCUGCGUGGAUGGAGCGAUCACGGCGGCCUGGCACAACUGAAAAGCUUGCGGACCGUACACCUGCAUAUUAGCCAGGGUCUUGAAACGGCUGAGCGGACCAAGCGAAAUGUGAAUCAAUUCCGCAGCAGGCUGGCCGCACUACGACCAGAUAUUCACAUCAAGAUGGAAGAGCAUCGGCCAGAAAGAUCAACUAAUCUAACAGGGUCUUCAGUCGAGGGAGUUCGCGAACAACAAGUCGAGCAUCGUCACCGUUGGUUGACGUGCAUGGACAACUUCGCGGACUUCAUUCAGAAUAUUCGACCCCCGACUGGAUGGAAAGAAGACGUGCGCGUGGCGUUGAUCGACGAUGGUGUUGACAUUGAGGAAAAGACGCUGCGCGGUAAGAUUAUCGGCGGUCGUAGUUUCUGCCCAAGGGAUUAUGCACAGAACCUGCAGCGGUCUUUCUAUGUGUCCGGCAGUGGACAUGGGACCGUCAUGGCAAGCCUCAUCUGCCGGGUGUGUCCCACUGCAAAGUUGUUUGUAGUGAAGCUGGCUGAGCAUGUCAGCGAGAAUUCAACCCGCCAGAUCACAGCCAAGAGUGCAGCUAAGGCUGUUCGCACCGCGAUCGACCGACAAGUUCAUAUUAUUUCCAUGUCGUGGACGAUCGAGCGCAACGAGCAGAAUGCGGCCGACAUUCGAGAUUUGGAAGCUGCGAUCGGAGCCGCUGCUAACGCAGGCAUCCUGAUGUUCUGUGCGGCGAACGAUCAAGGGGCAGCGUUGGAUGUCAGCUUCCCUGCUGCUUGUGCCAAUACCAAGAACAUCUUCAAGAUCGGUGCUGCGGAGGCUUCUGGCGCGGUAUGGAAGUGGGUGGGAGAUGCGGCGGCGGUCGACUUCAUUUUUCCCGGCCACAAAGUGGUGAAAGAGCGACCCAACGACGCACCGAUCGACAAAUGCCAGACCUUGACGGGGUCUUCGGUUGCAACUGCUAUCGCAUCUGGGUUAGCAGCGCUGAUUCUCUAUUGCGUGGAACUCAGCUUUGUGCAGACACAAGCUGUCAACCAAUCCGGCAAGGUGGACCACUUCGAGGGCCUCCAACGUCAUGAGCGCAUGCGUGAAGCAUUUACUGCCAUUGGUACAACUCAGAGUAGUGGCAAUAAAUAUAUCGAGGUGUGGAAUGUGUUUGAAAAGGCCGUGGAGAAGAGCCAGGGAAAGCCACCAGACCAAUUCCCAGCUAUUGUCAAAGAGAUUGCCAACAAGCUUAAGGCCAGGAAGAUGCUGGAAUGAGAUAGACUAUAGCACUAAGGAUUCGGAUCGAGGUGACACUUCAAGACUAGACUUGAUCCCUGAUGGUAUGCUCGUAUCAUGGUGGUCGUAAGUUUGUAAGAGUGGUUUUGGAAUUAUUAGUCGAGCUGGUGUUGUGAUGCUUGUGGGAGAUAAAACAAAUUCGGUAGGAAGGCGAAAAGCUACGCAUCAUGUGAUCAGGUCACAGAACGCCAACAUCACGCAAAUAUCAUCUUCAUUCUUGUCACAGCUUCCAUCUGCAAUACCUUGUG